AUGCCAGUUACGCUUGCAACUUGUAGCCUUAAUCAAUGGGCACUGGACUUUGAGGGCAAUCGAGACCGAAUUAUCGAAUCGAUCAGACUCGCCAAAGCUCAAGGCGCGGUAAUGCGCACGGGCCCUGAACUUGAAGUGACGGGCUACGGGUGUCUUGAUCAUUUCUUGGAGCAGGACACAUACUUCCAUUCGUGGCAGAUCAUGGGUGAGAUUCUUGUUCAUCCCGACUGCCAGGAUAUUUUGAUUGACGUUGGUAUGCCCAUUACGUACCGCAAUGUGCGAUACAAUUGUCGAGUGGUCGCAUACAACAAGGAGAUCUUGAUGAUCCGUCCCAAAAUGUGGCUUGCUAAUGAUGGCAACUACCGUGAAAUGCGUUAUUUUACGCCAUGGCCCCGCAGACUUCAAGUCAAGUUCAUUCUACCCGAGUUAAUCCAGCAGUUGACAGGGCAGGUAACCACCAAAAUGGGAAUCGCCAAAAUCGAGGUCGCCAACCACUUUUGCGUUGGUUUUGAGACGUGCGAAGAGCUAUUUACUCCACAGAGCCCUCAUCUCGAAAUGGCUUUGGAUGGUGUUGAUAUCAUUACGAACUCAUCUGGCUCACACCACGAACUCCGAAAACUUGACACUCGCUUGAACUUGAUUAUAGAGGCCACUCGUAAAUGUGGCGGUGUCUAUCUUUAUGCCAAUCAGCGCGGAUGUGAUGGAGACCGCUUGUAUUAUGACGGUAGUGCUAUGAUUGUUAUGAAUGGGCAGGUGCUUGCUCAAGGCUCCCAGUUUAGCCUGAAAGAUGUUGAGGUGAUCACUGCCACAGUAGAUUUAGAGCAGGUCAAGUCCUACAGAUCGUCACCGUCAUUUGGAAUGCAGUGCUCUUUAAGUACUGAAUUGGAAACUGUUGAGGCAGAAAAACUGUUGACUGACCUCAAAGCUAAGCAAAUUGACCGCCUUGAUACACCAACAACACAGGCAAGACCUGUUCAUCUUCACACCCCUGAAGAAGAAAUUGCUUUAGGACCUGCAUGCUGGCUUUGGGACUACUUGAGACGCUGUAGAGCUGCCGGAUACUUUGUUCCCCUCAGCGGUGGUAUCGAUAGCUGCGCAACAGCGGUGAUCGUCUACUCAAUGUGCCGCUUAGUUGUCAAGGAGGCCGCCGAAGGAAAUAAGCAAGUUAUCGAGAAUGCACGUCGUUUGGCCCAAAAAGAGGAGCCUUGGAUUCCUACCGACCCCAAGGAAUUUUGUGGUAUGAUUUUCCACACUUGUUACAUGGGCACCGUCAACUCCUCACAAGAAACCCAGGAACGUGCUAAGGCACUAGCUCAAGAUAUUGGUGCAUAUCAUACGAAUAUGAUGAUUGAUCUUGCUGUAAAAGCCAUCAUUCAGGUGUUUGUUUUUGUCACAAACAAAACACCUAAAUUCAGAGUGCAUGGUGGAUCAGAUCGGGAAAACCUAGCAUUGCAAAACAUUCAGGCUCGUCUACGUAUGGUAUUUGCCUACUUGUUUGCUCAAUUGCUCCCCUGGGUUAGAGGGAUUCCUGGCAGUCUAUUAGUGCUCGGUUCUGCUAACGUUGAUGAGUCGCUGCGCGGCUACCUUACAAAAUAUGAUUGUUCUUCAGCCGAUGUGAAUCCAAUUGGAGGUAUUUCGAAAACAGAUCUCCGUAAAUUCAUUGGUUGGGCGGGCACUGAAUUCGAAAUGCCAAUUUUGCAAACAUUUAUUGAUGCCACCCCCACUGCUGAACUCGAACCCAUUACUGAGACCUACGUCCAAAGUGAUGAAGCAGAUAUGGGAAUGACAUAUGAGGAGUUGAGUGUAUUUGGACGUUUGCGAAAGAUCCAAAAGUUUGGACCGUACUCUACGUUUGUCCAUUUAUGCCACGAAUGGAAACAUUUGGCACCCAAAGUUGUGGCCGAAAAGGUCAAGAGGUUUUUCUACUUCUAUGCCAUCAAUCGCCAUAAAAUGACCGUCAUCACCCCAGCUUAUCAUGCUGAACAGUACUCUCCGGACGACAAUCGCUUCGAUCUCCGCCCGUUCCUUAUCAGGCCGUUUUCUUGGGCGUUUGCACAGAUUGACCAAGUAGUUGAGAAACGUAAAACAGAUUAA